AUGGGGGCGUUUUGCAGGGCAGUGGAGAAAAGCAGCUCAAUGUGGAGCAGCGUUUACUGGGCCGGAGGGAAGCGGAUGGAGUUGCCUGACUCCGAGUUCAGUAAUGCCGACCAGAUGGACCUCUACGACGACGUGCUAGCUGCCAGCUCGCAGCCCGCCGAAAGCCGCACAGGCAGCUCGGAGCCGCCCCCGGAGAUCCGCCAGGAGCCGUCCCCCAAGCCCAACAACAAGUCUCCUGCCAUCCUGUACACCUACAGCGGCCUGCGCAACAAGAGGGCUGCCGUCUAUGUGGGCAGCUUCUCCUGGCUGACCCAGCCCAUCCGCUCGGUGGGUGUCUACGAUGUAGUGGAGCUGAAAUUUGCAGAGAACCGAGCCAAUGGCCAGUCCAAAGGGUACGCAGAGGUGGUUGUCGCCUCUGAGAACUCGGUCCACAAGCUCCUGGAGCUGCUUCCCGGCAAAGUCCUCAAUGGGGACAAGGUGGAGGUGAGACUGGCAACGCGGCAGAACCUGUCACAGUUUGAGGGGCAGGCUCGCAAGCUUUCCAGCAGCGCCAUUUCUAAGGCGGUGUCCGGAGCCAGUGCAGGUGAUUACAGCGACGCCAUCGAGACCCUCCUCACAGCCAUCGCUGUUAUCAAGCAGUCCCGCGUUGCCAAUGACGAGCGGUGCCGCGUCCUCCUCUCUUCCCUCAAAGACUGUCUGCAUGGCAUCGAGGCCAAGUCUUACAGCACGGGCGCCAGCAGCAGCUCCUCCAGGAAAAGACACCGGUCCCGGGAGCGAUCUCCCCGGGGAGCCCCCCCCAGCCGGUCCCGCGAGAGCAGCCGGCGGCACCGGGACACGCUCCACAGUGAGGAUCGGCACGAGGACUAUUUCCAGGAGCGCAACCGGGAGCACGAUCGGCAUCGGGACAGGGACAGAGAGCGGGACCGGCACCACUGAGACAGGAGUUUGGCAGCGAGUGGUUUUUAAUGGACUUGUAUCUCUUCACCUCGACCAGGACGACACAACCGAGGCCGCUCCACCCUCACCCUUCCCUGCCACCCCCAGCUCUCUCUGGGCGCCCGAGGGAAGCCACGCGGU